AUGAAGAAGCAUAAAAAAAAUAAUGAGACAAGAAGAAUUUUAGAAAUUACUACAAAUAAUCUUAAUUCAGUACUACUUGAACUGAAAGGAAGUAAGAAUUUAUUAGAUAUUAACAUAAGAACUAUUUGCAUUUUUUUAUUUAAGAAUUACAGUACUCCUGAGGAAAUUUUUAGUAAAAUUAAGAUUAUAGCACCAAAGUGUUCUUUUCAACAAGAAAUCGUUACAGAAGAAGAUAUAGUUGAUUUAGUAGCGAUUAAUAUUAUUAAGUUGUUAAAUUCAAAUACUAAUAUUAAUAAUCUUUUUAUGUUGGAAUAUAUUACAAGUUUAGAUUAUUUUAGUCGUAUGUUUACUAUUUGGUAUUUUGAUAAUAAAUCAUUAUCAUUUGAUCAGAAUAGUAGAUAUAUUGAUAAAUUAAUUAAUAUAAUAUUUAAGAUAUGUAAAUUAGAUAAUAAAAAUACAGAUUCAAAUAUACGAACAAAUGAAAAUACACAACAUACAUUAACGGAUUCAAAUAUACAAAAUAAUGCAUUUGAAUUAAUUGAUUUAGAUGACAGUUUAGAAAUAGAAAGAAUUGAUAAUGAACUUGGUAAAAUAUUUAAAAAUAAUUACAGUUUAGAAAAACAAGAUAAACAAAAAAUUGCUAAAAUAUGCGAUGUUAUAGAUCAAAUUAUAGAAAAUAAUAAUGUGUGUGAUCCUAUCUUCUAUGAUCAAAUUAUAAAAUUAAUAGACAUAGACAGUGUUUUAUACAAAAAGAUAUUUAAAAUACUAAAACACGCACCAUCUAAUGAGAUAUUUAUAGAAGCAUUAAGUAACUAUUCUAAUAUUUGGAGGAAUAUUAAUUUUAUUGUAGAACAAAUAGGAUUAAUAAAUGUACUAGAGUGUACUAAAAAUCCAGAUGCAACUUUAGAAUUUCUAGAUAGAAGUUUAGUGGACAGAAAAGAAUUUUAUGAAUAUAUUUUUAAUAACGAAUUUGAAUUAAAUGUAGUAGAAAAUAUAUUAAUUUAUUUUAUUAAACGUGAAAAUGACAAGGAUAUUCUGCAAAGAUUAAAAAAGCGAAUAUUAGAAUUUGACAGUGAAUCACAUAUUGUUGAAUUUAUAAAUAUUUAG